AUGGAGAAAACCCCACAGGAGACUCUGGAACAAGACCUGCAGGAGGAAGGACAGUUUGUGGUGGACGAUGUGAGUAAAAUUAUUAAGGACGCCAUCGAGACAGUGAUAGGAGGCAACAGCUACCAGCAGAAUAAGGUAAACAAUUGGACAACCGCUGUAGUGGAGGCCUGCACAUCAGAACUGACCAAAUUGAUGAAACCCUAUAAGUACAUUGUCACCUGCACGAUCAUGCAGAAGAAUGGGGCCGGUUUGCACACGGCCAGCUCCUGCUACUGGGACAACAACACUGAUGGAAGCUGCACGGUCCGCUGGGAGAACAAGACCAUGUUUUGUAUUGUGUCUGUGUAUGGUCUAGCUAUUUGAAUAGGAAUUUUAUCGAAUUGGAUGCACUGCGAGGUUAAACAAUAAUAAUUAAUUCAUUUGAUUACUAGAACAGUUGCUGCCAUAGGCUGGUAUCAAAGCAGAUCAGCACUUUAGUACGGAUAUUGUGAAUUAAUCGAAUUGGUGCUAACGUUUCGUUGCAUUCAUUUCAGCGGAAGAUUGUUAAUUCGUAUAUUUAUUUUACUUCGUCGAAAUUGAAUACAUAAUUGUAUAACGUUAAUAGAGUGAAUGAAACAUCA